CCGGGGAGAGCGAGCCUGCGGGUGGCGCGCAACGCAUGGUGGCGGCUCCUCGCGGAGCGCAGCCGAUCCUCUGAUUCGAGCUCCGGCUGCCCCCUGCCCGGUGCGUCCCGGAGACCGGCUGGAAGCCGGAAGAGCAGCAGCAGCAACAACAUUAGCAGCAGCAGCGGCGGCGGCGGCUGCUGUGCCGCCGCCGUCUCCGCGGGAGCAUGGAGUGCGCCCUGGACGCGCAGAGCCUGAUCAGCAUCUCCCUGCGCAAGAUCCACAGCUCGCGGACCCAGCGCGGCGGCAUCAAGCUGCACAAGAACCUCCUGGUGUCCUACGUGCUCCGCAACGCGCGCCAGCUCUACCUGAGCGAGCGCUACGCCGAGCUCUACCGGCGCCAGCAGCAGCACCAGCAGCAGCAACCGCCCCACCACCAGCCCCAGCCCCUCGCGUACGCGGCGCCCGGCAUGCCGGCCAGCGCGGCCGACUUCGGCCCGCUCCAACUUGGCGGUGGCGGGGACGCGGAGGCGCGCGAUCCGGUCGCCCGACACCAGCUGCACCAGCUCCACCAGCUCCACCAGCUUCACCUCCAGCAGCAGCUGCACCAGCACCAGCACCCGGCGCCCCGGAGCUGCGCGGCGGCGGCGGCGGCGGCCGGGGCGCCCGCAGGCAGCGCGGGGGCGCUCUCCGAGCUCCCCGGGUGCGCCGCUGCGCUCCAGCCGCCGCACGGCGCGCCCCAUCGCGGGCAGCCCUUGGAGCCCCUGCCGCCGGGUCCCGCGCCUCUGCCGCCGUCGCCGCCCGCGCCCUCCGCCCCGCUCUGCCCGCGGGACCCUCGCGCCUCGGCCGCCUGCUCCUCGCCCUCCGCGCCCCCGGGGGCCGCCUCUCCGGCCGCCGCUGCCGCCUCCCCGCCCGCCUCUCCUGCUCCCGCCUCCUCUCCUGGCUUCUACCGGGGCGCGUACCCGGCCCCCUCGGACUUCGGCGUGCACUGCAGCAGCCAGACCACCGUGCUGGACCUGGACACUCACGUGGUGACCACGGUGGAGAACGGCUAUUUGCACCAGGACUGCUGCGCCUCCGCCCACUGCCCCUGCUGUGGCCAGGGCGCCCCGGGACCCGGCCUGGCGCCCGCCGCGGGCUGCAAACGCAAGUAUUACCCCGGCCCGGAGGAAGAGGACGACGACGACGAGGCGGACGCGGGCGACCUAGGGGCCGAGCCCCCCGGGGGCGCCCCGUUCGCCCCCUGCAAACGCGCUCGCUUCGAGGACUUCUGCCCGGACUCGUCCCCGGACGCGUCCAACAUCUCAAACUUGAUCUCCAUCUUUGGCUCGGGCUUCUCCGGGCUGGUGAGCCGACAGCCGGACUCCGCCGAGCAGCCGCCGCCGCUCAACGGGCAGCUGUGCGCCAAGCAGGCGCUCGCCAGCCUCGGCGCCUGGACUCGAGCCAUUGUCGCCUUCUAGGGACCCCCGAGGGCACAGGGACUUGGGGCCCCCGCGGGGCUGGGGCCAGACAAAGACUCAGCCAAGGGGCUGGAGGAGAGAGAGGGGACGGGCGCCAGGCCACUCGGGGGGCUGCGCCCGGGCGAGCGGAGGGAGCAGGAGAAGGCUGAUGUUUUAUAAAAUUGUAAAAUAAAAAAAAGA